AGAACAAAUCACGUGAUCAGGCCUUGUGCGCGCGCGUACGUGCUCGUCACAAAAUUUAUCCUCCCCGUCACGUCAGACUCCAACGAGAAAAUCGGAGUUGCUGAUAUAGAGUCUUGACGCCAUGGAAUUCCAGAAAAUCCUCGAACUUGCGACAAAGAAUCAGAAAGUUGCCGAGAAAAAGCUUACAGAAACCAAGAGAUACAGUUCUGCCGUCCCACCCCCAAAGAAAGAGCCGAGACCCAAUGUUGAUCCGGAUGCAAUAAGAGCCAGGAUUGAACAGAAAGAAAAAUAUAGAAAACAAAAAUUGAUAGAUGAAGAACGGGAAAAGAAGGAAGGAGCUAAAAGACAGAUAGAGGCAGAAAGGAAAUUUGCAGAAGAGAAGCGGAACAACAGGAAGGCAUCCAGAAAAGCGAAAACUCCGGAAAAAGCAAAGAGAAAAUCCUCCACAGCUUCUGAAGAGUCAUCAAGGAGACAAGAGCCAUACCGGGAUAAGGAGCAUGAGGUCGUCCAUAAAACAUUCAUGCAGAACGUGGAGAAGGAUUCAGAGAGGCAUCGACAGAAGGUGGCCAAGAAAGAGAAGAGAGAGAUGGAAGCAAGGCCUUCAAGACCAAAGCUGUCUAAAAAGCCACCACCUGCUCCGAAGAAGCCGAUGAGCUAUGAGGAACUCUUGAAGUUUGCAGAACAGCAGAAGACAGUUGGUUCAUCAAGGAGCGGUGGAAGGACGGACGAAGAAGAGGAAGAUUCGGAAGAGGAUUCCGAGGAGGAAGAAGAGGAGUCUGAGGAGGAAGAAGAGUAUGAGAGAAGACCUAGGGAUCGAGUCAACCAAACUUCAGACCGGAGCAGAGACCAGAUGAGAAUCCCUAAAAUGAAGGAUCGAUCAAAAGACGAGAGGCCUGCGAAAAUAUCCCAUGGACAAACUCCCAAUACCAAAAUUGACAAAAGUGGAAGACCUCCUUUGCAAAGCUGCAAGAAAGAUAAGAAUAGACACUUACCUGAUAGUGUUAAAGAUAAUAAAGGUCAUAGAAAUUCUCGCGAUAUUGAAAGAACCAGUGUGAAAAGGGCCAAUGGCCAUAUGAAUACAAGUAUACAUGUAGGUGGGUCUGGGAAUGAAAGAAGAAGUGACCAUCCUGAGAAAUUUACCAGAGAUAAAAUGUCAUCUGGGCAUGACAGGACGAAAAGUGGUUCCGGAAGCAAGGUAUCUUUGGGCUCUGAUAAGAAACAGGUUAACAGGGCAGGAGAGCGUCCAAAGUCAGGGGAUAGGUCUUGCAGAAGUGGUGACAAACCAACAGGGAAACAUAACUUUAGACCAGCUAGUAAGACUAAUGAUAAGGUGCCCCAGAGGCUAGAUGGAAAGGGAUCUGUUAGGCCAGGAGCAAGACCAAGUAGUUCAGCUGGGAGAACUGAAUCCACCAGACCUGAAUCUAGACCUCAUUCCAAACCAGUCCCUAGUAAGCCACCCAGAACUGUUCCUGGACCUGGCCCAGGUAAGCCACCUCAUACUAUUCCUGGUAAAUCUUCUGGACCUGUUCCUGGGAGAGCAUCUGGACCGGUUUCCAGCAAGCAAACCAGACCAAUCCAAGAUGCGAGGUCCAGAGACCAACACAAACUAGGGAAUCAUAUCCGAGAGAGACCAAGACCAUCUGGAAUGGGACCACCAAGGGGACCACCGAGGGGACCAGAAGUCAGUAGGAAAAGACCAGCUAAACCACCAAUAAUGCAUGUCAAGCGAGGGCGUUUGAUUGACAGUGACGAGGAGAGUGACUACGACGACGGAGAUGGCUUCAUCGAUGAUACCCCACUGGAUAACUCCGGGAGUGGUGAUGUAUCAAGCUACAUCAAGGAAAUAUUUGGAUAUGACAAAUCAAAGUACGAGUAUGAGAGUGACUAUGCUCUACGUUCUAUGGAUACCAGCUACAAAGAUAUUCAAAGGGAGGAGGCCAGGAGCUCCCGUCUUGGGAUGUUAGAAGAUCUAGAGGACAUGAGACAGGAGAAAGAAGAGAUGAAGAGGAAAGCGAUGAAGAAAGGAAAGAAGAGGUGAUAGAGGGAAGAGAAAAACAAUUGUGGUCUUUUCAGGCGUUGUCACCACUGGUUAUGGAUAGAGCUGUCGGUAGCCAAUGAUGACCUGUAGCAUGUCAUUGAGACAUCACUUCUUGCGAUUAAUAGCUACAAGCAAUCAGUAACUUGUCAUUUUAUGGUAUCACCUCUUGAAUUAUGAACAGGUGAGCUAUACUACGUAAUUCAGACAUUAUCACCUUUUGCUAUGGUUUUAAGGCGAGUGAGAGCGAUCAUUCGCUUCCGCUUGCCUUAAUCCGUUUCAGGUAGAGCGAUUUAUCGCUCGCCUCGGCGAACUGAAUUUUCUUGUGACAUGAUAUAAUAAAUGCAGUAUUAAAUGCAGAAAAAGUGAAGUCAUAGGCCUACACAUUUGCAUUGUUUGUACAACACUGUAUUUAUAAUAUCUAUUCCGACAUCACUUAACCAUGUUAACCUGAAUGUAGAAAAAGAAUGUCAGUCAAUUGGCGAAGUGUUAUAGAGCAAACCUUGAAACCUCAUUCUCAGCUCAGUCAAGGUUUUAUCAAUAACACACAAUUACAUUGUAAGCAAUAUUACCACAUUGCAAGAAUGACAAUAAAAAGUUCAUUGAGAUAAAUAUUGCAUAAACAAUAUGUCUGAUUGUUUGUCUCCUUUGGUUGUGGGAUGUAACUUACAUGUAGUUCCUCCAUCUAUUCUGUUUAUCGGACAAAAAGCCCCCUGUACAUGUAUGUCAAGGAAGAGCUCUUUUGCAGUGCAGCUCCCCUACUGCUCCCUUGAGAAGUUUUAGGAGAGCUUUUUAUUGCUCUCCUCAUAAUCAUAAAACUGAGUUCCUGGCUAUCGGUAGCCAGUGUUGCCACGUGAAUGCCUCAUAGCACAAUCAUAGCCUAAAGUGGCGGUAGAUCAGAUGAGCAUUUCAGAUGUUUGAACGAUGGGUGAUCCAUUGCCACUAGCUACUGAUAGUGAUGUUGAUUGCAAGUUAUGAUUGAUAACACUAUCUGUUUCAACAAUGCAUGAUAUGUUGCCACUGUUUUUGAUUGGCUAUGAAUGGGCUUCGUUACCAUGGUAGAUACCAUUGGAUGGUGAAUUAAAGUCGAUGAUAAUAGCUUGUAUGAAACAGCGCCCUCUUGAAUCCUUGGAAUGUAUACUUCUAAAAAUCAGAGAAUCUGAAAAAGAUGUCUCCAUUAAGUACAUGUAUGACAAUCUCAGAUAAAACGUAGCAUUUAAUGCAAGUGUGAUCAAACUUUCUUGUUAAUCUUGACAUAAAAUCAUGUAAACAGUUUGGAAGCUACCCAGUAGGUUUUGUAGAAAAAUUGAGUUAAUGGUAAUUUGUACUUAAAAGUUCUCUUGUGUUUUUGAAGUACAUGAAUUUCAUUUGUGAUAUUAUGAUAAUGUUUUUUUUAUUUCUUGAUCCUAUUUGCCAGAGUAAUAUAUUCAUCUUGCCAGAAAAAACUAUUUUACAUUUCGAAUUGAAUAUAUAUACAGUAUGUGUUUCAUCUUGUUAGUGGACAAUGUUUAGCUUUUUUUUUCUGUUCUCUAUAUGAUCUUAUGAUUAGCUAUUGCAUGAAUUUAAAUGUAUCAGAGAAACAAAACAAAUUCUUGACAAGAGUUAUUAACGUGCUUUUUAGUAGCUGUAUGAACUAAAUGAAUACACUUGUGUUUGCCACUCUCCACCCAGGGGUAGUAAAUGGGUACCUGGUAGGAAGGAAUAUGUUGCAUGCUCGAGCACUUGAACAGGAUAGAUAUGCCAAAGCCGAAGUGAUAAUAAUAAUGUUACAUUUAUAUGGUACAAUGUUUUUAAGCGCUGCAUACUAUUAGCCAGGCGUUAGCAUGGCUAUCUUAAUCGGGCGCUUGAGCAUUCAAUGAAUCACUACCAUGUAGCGCCUUCUAUUGGGUGAUAUCCCGAUUAUUAAACCUAGGUUUAACCCCAGUCUAAACUAGAUUUUUAAACCACACCUGAAAUGCUGGCCAUCAUAAUAUUUCUUCCAUAUUCAAAGAAAUUUUCAUGUAUCAAUCAAUUAAAAUUCAUAAUAUCUUUGUAUUUUCCUAUGAAUUUUCCUCAUUUUAUGACUCAAUUAAUUUCUUGACAUUUUUCAGCAGGAUAAGAAUAAUUUUUAAUUGGUGAAUGAGUUGACAACUAGCACUCCAUUAAAGUGUGGUCAACAUGUAAGUUAACCCAGGUUUAACCAUGGACCUACUACAUGGUUUAACUUAACCAUGGCUGUCUCAGUACCACCCAAUGUUGUAAAGCACUAUAUACAGUUCAGGCCAAAAGUUUACUUACACCCACUGAAUUCAUUGAAAUUUGUUUGCUUGCCAAACAUCGUAAAAUUUACUAUAUUUUCAGAAAUAUAAAUACUACCAUGACGAAUUGGGUAUCAAAUAAAAGAGCGUAUUCAGAUCUUUCACAUGAUUGGGAUGCCGUUGGGAUUAAAGUAUAUUUCAUGUGGAAAUUUCUUUGAAGAAAAAAAGUAAUAUUCGUGCCAAAUGUAUUCUAUUAUUAUAUUUUCAAACAUCGUUUCAUAAAUGUCAAAUCUAUAAUUUAUAUUACAUUUUCUGUCAUGAUAUGUCAUUACUGAACAAAAAAGUGCAAUCUGGAAUGUUUGUGUUGAGAAGUAACUAGCACAAAUAUGAAAUGUUUGUGUCAAGUUUUCAUUUUUAAUUUGUCUAAAAUAUGAAGAUUUGGGGAAAAAUAACACCUAAAUAUUUUUCAGCUCCUGAUGACAAAGCUAUGUGAUGAAGGGGCGUGACAUACUAAUUUGUUUGAUAUAUCAAAUUUGUCAUGAUAGCAAAAAUAUUUUUAUAAGAUAUUAAAUUUUAUGAUGUUUCGGAAGUGUCAACUUUUCUUUGAAUUUCCUGGGUAUAUGUAAACUGUACAUUUGACUUUCAUAUUUAUUUCUACUUUUUAGAUAUGCAGGUAAGCACGGCUUGUUCAUUCUUAAAAAUAAUAUUUCAUUUUGUCAAAGAAAUCAUGUAUACAGGAAAAAUAUUGAAAUUCAUUCACUUUGGUGCUCUUUUAUGUCUUUUUGUUGUGAAUUGUCAACAUUUAACUCUGGAAAUGAGGGUGCCUUAUGUGUUGUAUGGCUUGCUUUAAUAUGUAAUAUAGUAUUAAAUUUGAAAACCUUUAAGUUAAAUUAAAAUGAUAUUGAUUGCCUUUGGUAUAAAAUGUCAUUUUCAUAUAGCUAUCGUUAAGUAUUUCGCAUAAUUCCUCUCAAGUUUUGUGAUCUAACAAACAAUUCAUCUAUGGUUAUAUUCAUUUUAUGUUAUUUCAAUUUAUUUCUCUGUGAGACUUGAGUAAUUCAUUAAAAGAUAGAAGUAGUUUGGAUUGUGAUGAAAAAGCAAAUAUAAUGUAACAUCAAUGUUAAGCAAUAUGACAGAAAAUAGAGGGAAAAAAAAGACUUAGAAUUAUCCUGAAAAUUAGAAGGUUUACAUUGAUGUUCAUACUUAUCUACUUACAAAUCAUGUUCAUUAAUUUUGAUAUUAUCUACUUUACAGUCAUGUAGUUCGAUUUGUGCUCAGCGACGUACCAGGGUGCUACAUAAGCACUUGCCUGAAUGCCCGGGGCAAGUAAAAAUUAGAGACGGGCCAGUGUUUUAAAAUAAAGACCAAAACUACUUGCCCGCAUUGGGAAGGCAAAAUUCUCAGUGGAAUGACCAAAAUUAGGGUCGAUAUUUUUGAUAUAUCGAUCGUAAUUUUGGUCAUAGCGGGCAAGAUAAAAUCAAUUUGGAAAAAGUCAUGCAAUAACAAGGUACAUCAGUUCAUGUCAAAAGAGAGAAAAGAAGUUCAAUGGUUUAUAAAACCACAAUACUUUCUUAUGAAGUGUUUUUUCGGGCAAGUGAAAUAGAUUUUUGGGCAAGUAUAUUACAACUAUGUAAAAAUUUACUUGCCCAACUGGGAAAGUGCUUCUAAAAGUUAUGUAGCACCCUGCCUACAGAAGAAAAGAGUAAUGUAAUAUCACAUGACCAAAAAUCCAACUAAGAAGUCUUUGCCAAAAAUUGGUUAAUGAAAAAAAAUCCAGCUCACCGGUAGUCUUUGAUUCUGGGUGAGCGAUACAUUUGCAAUUUUUCGUCAAGUUUUUAAAAGAAAAUCUGAUGGUUUACUACAUUGUUGAUUGAAAAGUGAAAAUAGAGUAUUUUGCCUUUUCUUUAAUUUGUCAU